AGUGGCAGUAGCAGCAACAGUGCGAUGCACAGGCACAGGCACAGGCACAGCUACAGUUACAGCUAGAGACCCGUUUAUAAGGUGAAGCCCAAAAUUGGAGCAGCUCAGUUCGCUGUUGGCAGGCGUCGCCGAAGGUAGUAGCCCUUAUCCAUCCAAGAGCAGGACGGAGUUAAAGCCAAAGCCAAAGUGCCAGGAGAACACAGAGCCAGAGGAGAAGAAGUUUUUGGACCUGAAGAACGAACACCAGGACCAGCCCAGGACCAAGCCGUGUGCCAAUUUAUGCGGCCAUAAAAGUUAAAGGGGGAAAUCACCCAAAAGAAAACCCAAAGUAGAGAGGGUGAAGGAGAAUCACUUAACCUACUGCAGAGACAGUCGCAGCAUUAGAGGACGUGCCGGGCAUUCCGAACGCGCGUUAGCCAGAGUCCCCAGUUUCAGGCCACAGUCUUAGCCACAUCACAUCCUACAGACUCAGCAUCGGCAUCAGAAGAGGCAACAUUAGAAGGAAGAGCAGGAACAUGAUGUAGGAGACAGGAACAGAAGGAGGGACGACAACGUUCUUGUUGAUGAUGCGCCAUUGCCAUCGAAUUGUCUGCCUUUUCGAGCCUUCGAGAGCUGCCACCAGGGAGGGAGGAUAGCCAGAGCUUGCUGCCUAGGCCCCAGAAUCGGACCAAUUUCUAUGAAACAUAACGACGCCAGAUACAGACACAGAGGCAGGGCCUGAGUAAGAGCCAAGGCUUUGCAUACGCAAAAAGUUUCCAAGUGAUUAAUUUCACAAAGGGAUUCAAAAACAUCAAGGGGAGCAGGAGCAGGAACAGGAGCAGGGGUAGGAACAACUUAAGCCAAUUACGCAAGUGAUAAGAACGGAAUAAAGCAAAGGCCGGGGCAGGGGCAACGCCAGAUGCCGCCAUGAGUUUCCUCAGCUCCAUGCAGCAGUAUGUAACAAGUGGCAUCUCCAGUUUGGGACUUGGCAAUCGACGCUUCUCCCUCUCCCGCCAGGAGUCCAGUGAGCAGCAGUCGGGAGGCGUUGGCGGCGUCCCACCUGGUGGUAUCGCUGCCGCUACACCUCUGCCGCCGUUUCCACCGCAACAGCAACAACAGCAGCCGCUGCCAUUGCCGUUGCCACUUCAACAACAACAACAGCAGCAGCAACAAUUGCUGUUGCAACAGCAGCAGCAACCGUCACAUGGCCACCCACCGCUUCAGCAACAGACGAGCAUUGGCAGCGGCCUGGGCCUGGGCCUAGGUGCAGCUGCCGUUUAUGGGGCACCGGCAACACCCAUCGCAGGAGCGACAGCAACCGCGAGCGGCAGCAAUUAUCCAUCCGGCGGCGUGGUGAUAGGCAAUCCGAAUGCCACAAAUCCAUUACUGGGUUAUCCCAAAACUGGAGCUGGCAGCACCUCCACAUCCGCUUCCGGCAGCGGCGGCACACCCCAGUCCCGUCGUCAAUCACGCGCCCUGGAAUGCCUCGCCCCGCCGCGCACCGGCUCCUUCCGGCAACGCAACUCGCCGCUGCACCAAGUGGAUCCACCGCCACGCCCACCGCUGGCCUUCUGCAAGCGUCGCCUCAGCUGGCCCGAGGUGGACCCACGCUCCAACUCCGGGGUACAGGAAACGGAUGGCUCGUAUUUUGAGAACUUUACAUCGCUCGGCUGGAAACGUGAAAAUCGUCGCAUGUCAGCCACGCGUGCCGCCGAAGCACGUGCCGAGGCUAAUCCCGAGAACGAACGUGAUCCGCCGGCGCCCGAGGAGUCCAUUGACCGCCAGGACGAGAAAGAGAAGCUGUAUGCGGAGGUCUUGCAUACCAUUGCCAAUACGGUGGGCGCCCCUGCACCGGGCGGACAGUUUGCACAUUACAAGGAUGAAAUGUAUCUGCAUGCACAGCGCGCCUUUGGUGUCAAUCCGGAUCGUCAUUAUCGCCUGCUGCAUGCCUCCGCCGAGGAUAAACCAAAGAUAAUCGUACUCUCUGCGGUGGUAAUCGAGGCUGAUGGCCUGGAGGCAAAGGAUGCCAAUGGUUUCUCGGAUCCGUACUGCAUGCUGGGCAUCCAGCCGGACGGUGACGGUUGUCCGCCCGUGUCGCCGCUGCCGCUGCCGCCGACACCGCGCGCCCUAUCGGCGGACAUGAGCGGUGGCUUUGACAACAGCGCCACGGAUUCGCCGCCGCACCGAAAGCAUAGCUUCCGGCUGAGCUUCAAGCGGCGGGAGGCGGGUCGACGGGAGCAGCGCGACUCACUGGGCGGCCCGGUGCCUGCAAAGCUCAUCAAGGCGACCAGCAUCAAGCCGCACACGCUGACCCCCAAAUGGAACGAGAAGUUUAAAUUUGACAUAGAUGACAUCAACACGGACACCUUUCACCUGGACAUUUGGGACCACGAUGACGAAAGCUGCGUCCUGGACGCCGUCUCGCGACUGAACGAAGUUCGUGGCGUGCGCGGUUUGGGGCGUUUCUUCAAGCAGGUCUGCCAGUCGGCGCGUCAGGGCUCCCAAGACGACUUUCUGGGCUCCGUGAAUAUAGCCAUAUCGGAUAUACCCUCAACGGGCCUGGAUGCCUGGUUCAAGCUGGAGGCACGCAGCCAUCGCAGCACCGUGCAGGGACGUAUCCGUCUCAAGCUGUGGCUCUCGACACGCGAUGAUCGGGGCAAUAUCGUCGAGGAGAAUCACGAGCACCAGAUGCACAAGGUCGAACAGCUGCAGAUGGUGUUCAUGCAGCACGAGGUGACCACCCACGAGCCCUCGUGGACUUGGUGCGGAGAUCUGCCUGGUCCGGCCCUCACCAUACUCCAUCAAUUGGCUGUACAGGGGGAUCUAUCGGAUUUGCAUUGCGCCAUGGCCAGAUAUGUGGCUGCUGCCAAGCUGAAUCGAUCGACGCCAUUGGACCCGAAAUUCCUCCACCGUCUGCUUGGCGAUGUGGAGAAGCAAUGGAAUCAGCCCAAUCAGGAGGCCUUGAGCCGCGAUCUGGAGCAGUGGCUGGCCGAGGCGAUGAAUGGAUUUGUGGAGCGUUCGCUGAACCAGAUCCGACGGCACAGGGACAUCUUUCCGGCCCUGAAUCCGCCCUCGCUGAUACGCCUGGAGUUCCUGCUGCGCUGCCUGGGAUUGCUCGGCUCCAUGCGGGCGUUUCGGGCCGUCUGCCCCUUCAACAAGGGCGUACGCGGCGAGGUGGUGAAUGCCCUGCGCAAGGGCUCCAUCAUGUGGGGCCAGAAUGUGCUACGCGAAUCGCAAUGCUUGCCCAAUCCAUUAUCGAACUUCGUAACAACAUUAACGGCCGACAUCCAGCUGGGACAGACGUAUUACCAUGCCCUCUUCGACAACACGAAUGGCAUCCAAUACUUUAGCAUUAUCUACAAACAAUACGAUGCGAUGGUGGGCGAGGAGCUGUACAGCCGCAUGGCCGCCGGCCAGGUGCCUGGGGUGCGGAUGAACCUGUCGCAGUAUGCCGUGCUCGAGGGCGAUGCGGAACCGGUGGACACGAAGCCGUUUGAAUUGUUUCUGGCUCUGCAGGAGUUCUGUCAUUUGAAACGACACCUGUCCGCCCAGCCCCAGCCGCCGGAGAAGCCGCUGGCCCUGAGCAACAGCCACGAAUGGUUCAUCCCCACCUUUGAGCGCUGGAUGAUGGUGAGCAAGGCGAAGGCCCUGCAGCGUAUCCGAGCAGCCAUCCGCAUGGACGCCAUCUGUGAGGGCGAGCGCAUCGUUAGGUACAGCAGCUCCUCGGUGGACACGGCCAGCACGCUGCUGAACAUCAAGGAAUUCUGGAAGGUCAUCAACUGGCCGGACGAGGACACGGCCAUCAUGCUGGAGUCGCAGCUCAUCGAUGUGGUAUGCUCGGCGGCCAUGCAUUACUGCGACCUCAUUCACACGGCGCUGGCAGACAGCGGCUACUACGAGCAGCAGGGUCCGUUCCGCUGCUCGGACGACAUGUGCGUGACCGUGAACAAUGUGGAGUAUGUGCGCCGCACUCUGGCCGAGUUCCGCUCGGAUGAACAGCCACUGGAGGAGUCGGCCGACAACCUGCUCGAGUCGAGCCUGACCCACAUGGAGAACCGCACCGAGCGCAUCCUCUCGAAGCUGGCUCCGCUCAUGCAGAUGUCGCUGCAGAAGGCAAUGUUCCAUCUGGCCUGGUCACCAGAUUCCUUGCCGGCCAAUCAGGCGAUUGUGCCGCUGCUGGAGUACUUGGACUGCCACCUGGCGGCCCUCAACAGCGCCCUGCUCACCAAGAACUUCAACCGAUCGCUGCGCUUCAUCUGGAAGACGGUUCUGGGCGAGAUGUCCCGCCAAAUGGAGACGGGCGAUGAGACGGACAAGCCCACGCAUUUCCACAAGCGGCUCUACGAGGCCCUACAGCUGCUGGUGGACUUCUUUCAUGCCGAGGGCCAGGGCCUGCUGCUGGAGUGCCUGCACACGGAUGACUUCUGGCGCAUCGAGCAGCGGCUGCAGUUCCACAAGACGGACACGGAUCGGCUCAUAGACAUGUUCUACAUGAAUCGCUUGCGGGAGCAACUGAUGACCGUGUGUCCAAGUCCGUAUGGCUCGCUGGCCGUGCGGGCCUACUUCAAUCACGAUUCUCUGUGUGUGGAGGUUCUGCAUGCCAGGGAUGUGGUGCCAUUGGAUCCGAAUGGGUUCAGUGAUCCAUUUGUGGUCAUUGAGCUGCUGCCACGAAGGGUCUUCCUGCACUGCAUGGAGCAGCAGACGAAUGUCCACAAGCGCACUUUGAAUCCCAUUUUCGACGAGUGUUUUGAGUUCUCGGUGACAUUGGAGCAAUGCCUCACCGAUGGCGCCAUGAUCUGCUUCACCGUCAUGGAUCACGAUGUCCUCACGGCCAAUGAUUUCGGCGGCGAGGCCUACCUGGCUCUGGGCAACAUACCCGGCGUGGAGGCCUACAGCACCAGUGUGGACAACUUUCAUGGCCUGAAGCAGAUCGAGCUGCCCCUCAUGCAGCAAAAGGAUAAAUGCAAUCCCAUUUUGCAAAUCCUUGAGCUGCGCGUCAAUGACAAACAGGCCCAGGACUUUGUGCGCAAACAAAAGGCGCGAUUUAUCACUUGAUUUUAAAGAACAACAGGGACAGGAUCAGACAGAACAGGACAGGACAGGAAGGACAGAGCGAACCGUUUGUAAAACGUGUAUUUGAAGAGAUAAAAGUUUGAAAAUUGUGGUGGAUCGUGCAAUGUAAUUGCAUUGAUGGCGGAUAACUUAACCAAAAGCUACUCGUAAACUGUAUCCAAACCAGCAUUGUAUGUAUUGUACUUAAUCUAGUUGUUUGACAAAGACUCCAAUCACCC